AUGCUCCGGCAAAGUAGAAUCUGUCGACCCUUGAUAAACCAAUGCAGAAGAUCCUCAGAUAGCCUCGCAUCAAGUGUUGUUCCGAUAAUUGCUCUUGGUGGCGUCGGAGUCGGAGUUUAUUACGCUUCUAAAGCAAUUUUGCACGACAAGUACUACGGGCAAUCAGCCGCAGUCGAGGUGAUGAAAGACAUCGCAUUUCUAAACGACGAUUUGGACAUCAAACUCGACUCUCCAAAAAUAGCAUUUUCCGACAUCAAUGAGCUGGUCGACUAUUACAGGAACAAUCGAGAGCCGCGCCGCUCUUUUGAUCCGCCUUUUAGCAAAUAUCAAGAAAAUGGUGUUGAAUUUUGUCGCUCGCAGUUUUACGUGAAAGGACCCAACGACUGCUCUUCCGGUAGAAAAGUCGCCCAAAUUUAUGCGGAAACGAAAAUGACUGAAGACGGGCCAGAGAUUUACUACGCCCAAGCGGAUAUUUUUGACGUUGAGUCUGUCAUUAAGGGUAGCCCUCGUCAAAUUUCAAAACCUAUUCUUAUUGCCGAUAAUAGACCUGUUGAAAAGAAUGAUGAAUAA